UUAGUCGUACCCGAGAGGAAAGCAAGAGAAAACUGGGGGAAAAAAGGGCUUAGAAACUUAGAAAGAGAGAGAGAGAGAGAGAGAGAGAGAUGGUGCAGAGAAGAGAUGAACAGGAAGAAGUAAUAAGAAAAGGGCCGUGGACUGAACAGGAAGAUGUUCAGCUGAUGUUGUAUGUGAACUUGUUCGGAGAUCGGAGAUGGGACUUCAUAGCGAAAGUUUCAGGUCUCAAACGCACUGGCAAGAGUUGCAGGCUCCGAUGGGUCAAUUACCUCCAUCCCGACCUCAAGCGCGGCAAGAUGACCCCUCACGAGGAGCGCCUCGUCCUGGAUCUUCACUCCAAAUGGGGCAAUAGGUGGUCGAGAAUUGCUCGGAAGCUGCCAGGGCGAACCGACAACGAGAUCAAGAAUUACUGGAGGACUCACACGAGGAAGAAGGCUCAGGAGAGGAAACGAGCCAUUUCUGCAGCUUCUUCGUCGCUCUCCAACAAUUCCUCCUCUUCAUCCAUGUCCUCCUCAACAAUUACCAGAGAAGAGGGCUUCCCGGAUGGGAAGAAGGCUCCCAUGGCUCCGUCUUCUUCAAUUUCCAGCAAUCUCUCCGCAAUAGAUUCCAAGGAGCGGAGCUUUUACGACACCGGCGGGAAGAGGAGCGGUGAAGAGGAAGAGGAGGAGGAGGAGGAGAUGAUAGUGGUGAGGGAAAAGGAGUACUCCAUGGAUGACAUAUGGAAGGACAUUUCCCUCUGUGAAAGCAACGAAUUCUUCUGUCAAACAAUGGCUUCUCCGAUCUGGAAUUACUGCCCGGAGAUUCUGUGGACGACGACGACGACGGAUCAAGAAAACAUGAGUAAGACGCUUCCUGCUGCUGCCAUGAGCGAUCAAUUUUUUGCUUGCUACGAUCAAGAGAUCUCAACUUUAACCGGCUAAUCAUAUAUAUAUAUAUAAUAUUCUUAAUUUAUUCAUCAAAUUUGUGCAUAUAUAUAUAUAUAUAUAUAGAGAGAGAGAGAGAGAGAGAGAGAGAGAGAUUGUAAGAUAACACUAGUCCAGUCCUAAGCUAGCAGCAGCAGCUUAAAUUUAAGUUUCCCUGUGCUUGGAGAUGUCACCGUAACGUUAUUCUCAUGCAUAGCGUUGACCUAUAUGUGUAUGCAUGUAAAAUGUAUCAUACAAAGCUUGCUUUCCUUAUUAAUGGCUGAUCAUGAACAUGUAUGUAUGUGUUCUAUAUGGCUUCAAUC